AAUUAUCCGAACUGGAAAUCUCCAUCCAAUCAGAAGCCGCGCGUGCUGCCCCGGCGAACGACACCUGCUCAGAGCGCACGGGCCAGCGGAAAGCACCGGACUUCAAAACCGGAGCGCGUGCGUAUGUGUGUGUGCGCGCGCGGAAGCUUUUUGACGGUGACCGGCAGACUGAAGAGCAGCUCAAUCAGUGGACCUGGUUUUUAAUAACCAUAUUCACCUUAAAAGCCCUGAAGAUGAAGCAUCUCUCAGCUCUGCUGGUUUUGUGCUUGCACAUGCCAUACAACAGAGGAUGUGGGGUGUUUGAGAAAGAGCAGGAAAAAAAAAACGCUAAAACUGUGCAGGACAGGGCGUUCUCCAGGAGCGGAGAUGAUGGGAAUCUGUGUUCGGUCAUAUGUGAUGCAGAGCCCACUGCAGCAGUAGGCCUGCUAGGAUGGAGGGAAAGCGCUAAGGAUAAGAGCAUUUCUCAGCAUGGUUCACGCUCAGAUCUCCUCAAACCCCUAUGGCUUUUCUCACACCUGUCCUUAAACAAUGAAGCCCCCCAGCAGCUUGCAGUACAAGACCUAUGGACCUGGCUGUUUAAUCGCACAGAAGAGAACGAACAGAGUCUGGCUAGAGCCAAGCGGCGACCCAUCGUCAAGACGGGCAAGUUCAAGAAGAUGUUUGGUUGGGGUGACUUCCACUCCCAUAUUAAGACAAUUAAGCUAAACCUACUCAUCACAGGCAAGAUUGUUGACCAUGGAAAUGGCACAUUCAGCGUCUACUUCCGUCACAACUCCACAGGCCUUGGCAACGUCUCAGUGAGCCUGGUGCCACCCUCCAAGGUUGUCGACUUUGAGAUCAGCCAACAGGAAACUCUGGACGUCCCCAAAGACACCAAGUCUUUCAACUGCAGAGUGGAGUACGAGAAGACUGACCGGAGCAAGAGGACAUCGUUUUGCAACCACGACUCAGCCAGGGUGUGCUUCCAGGAGCAGACGCAGAGCCACGUCUCCUGGCUCUGCUCCAAGCCCUUUAAAGUCAUCUGCAUCUACAUUGACUUCUUCAGUGCUGACUACAAACUGCUGCAGAAAGUUUGCCCGGACUACAAUUACCACAGUGACAUGCCUUAUACUUCGAUGGGGUAGACUUUCAAGAUCGCUAUGAGCAGAACCAUCUGUGGAGUUGAAUUUCUGUCAUCACAGCCCACCUUUCCGUGUUCCCUGCUUGUGCUAAGACGGCAAAAGAAAGCAAACCGAGAUGAUAGACCUGCUGUGAAGGUCACAAGCGUCACUGAAGGUCCAAAGAAAAGAAUCUUAAAAAAAAUCGAUGUUGAAACCCAAUCAAAUUUUGCCGUGAUCCACCUUUUGAUAAUGUUCCAUGUUUUGCAUGUUCUGACCAGUCUAAAACGUACUAGUAUUUGUAAACUUGAUCACUGUCAACAGUAUUUGGACACGCAUACACCCCUUACUUCUCACACGGACAUCACGAGUGAAACACGUUCACAAAUUCAUUCAUUCACCUUAAACCAGAAUUCCUUAGCAGAUGAUGAAGAAAAUAGAUCAUUUGUUUUUGAUGUACAUUAUCACAUUACCCCUUUAAAUGUGUUCGGUGACGUCUUUAUGCAAGCUAUGAUGUGAUGCGUUCUAUAAUCAUAGUGAAUACAAGUCUUCUUGUAUAAUUCAUUUUGAUCAUUAAAAAUGUGUGAGCCCCAAACAAUUAAGACUACCUCUGUUCCUCAUGAUAGCUGAUUUUUAAACACAGCCGUGAUCAGGGAUUACGUCAUACAGCGCUAAAACGAAAAGGCAGCAGUGUAUAAAUACACAAGAAUACCGAGAGGCCUGAUGCUCUCAAAAUGAAACGCUUUAGUUAUAGGUAUGUCUCAAAUAGUGCUUACGUAUAGCAAGGGUUCAGACUGCUACUGGGGCUUUCCCUUAUAUAAUAUUUAGCACUGAUUAUUGAUUACUGAUCUCACAACAAUGCUGUUUAUAGCAUUGAAACAGCUGUAUUUUUUUUUUCAGCAGUUACCUGGUAAUGUGUACAUACAGUUCAUUUCUACAGUAGCUCUAUAAAAGCAAUAACUUUUUACCAGUUUUAUACUGCAACUGGAAACUAUUUUUUGAUUGUCUAAGGAGUUCAGGGAGACUACUCCACCUGACAGGAAACCAUAGUGUUUUACAUCAUGCUCAGUUUUCAUUAGCUAUAUCUGAUUCUAAAAGAUCUAAUCGUAUGACAGGUGUGUUACAGACAUCACGCCUAGUCCUGAUCUCCAGUUCAAUCAUGAUCUUGGCUUACUGUCAAUAUGGAGUUUUGCUUUGUUCCUCCGGGCUUCCUUUGGGUUUUCUCUGGUUUUUCAGAGUUGGGAGGAAACGUGGUGGGAGAUGGAUCGGCUAUGUUAAAUUGCCCCUAGGUGUGAUGGAUGGACUGGCA